AUGGCCCACAUAGUGGUGUAUGAUAGCCCCAUGGCCCACAUAGUGGUGUAUGAUAGCCCCAUGGCCCACAUAGUGGUGUAUACUAGCCCCAUGGCCCACAUAGUGGUGUAUGCUAGCCCCAUGGCCCACAUAGUGGUGUAUGCUAGCCCCAUGGCCCACAUAGUGGUGUAUGCUAGCCCCAUGGCCCACAUAGUGGUGUAUGCUAGCCCCAUGGCCCACAUAGUGGUGAAUGAUAGCCCCAUGGCCCACAUAGUGGUGUAUGCUAGCCCCAUGGCCCACAUAGUGGUGUAUGCUAGCCCCAUGGCACACAUAGUGGUGUAUGCUAGCCCCAUAGCACACAUAGUGGUGUAUGCUAGCCCCAUGGCACACAUAGUGGUGUAUGCUAGCCCCAUGGCACACAUAGUGGUGUAUGCUAGCCCCAUGGCACACAUAGUGGUGUAUGCUAGCCCCAUGGCCCACAUAGUGGUGUAUGCUAGCCCCAUGGCACACAUAGUGGUGUAUGCUAGCCCCAUGGCCCACAUAGUGGUGUAUGCUAGUCCCAUGGCCCACAUAGUGGUGUAUGCUAGCCCCAGGGCAUACAUAAGAGUAGUGCCAGACCCGACGAAGACUCCUGCUGUGUCUACAGCAACAAUACAGCAGAUCUUGGACUCAACCAGUGACUGA